GCUGUAUCCGGUGCUGCACCUGGUGCUCACCAGAUCAGUACUCGACGUGUUGCAAUUUCGGUUGGUUCAGGAACUUCAACUCAGCAUCAGAUCAUCAUGACAGGAGGUACACAGAUAGGAUCAUCUGGUGGGCAACAACCCUAUGCUGUUGUUGUUAAUUCUCAAGAUACUCUGUCUGGACAGCAGCUUGGUAGUCGCUUUCAGUACACAACGCGACAAGAAGGUGUGGGUGAGCGCCAGACCGUUUAUCGAACAAUACCGUCAGCAGGAACAAAAAAAGGACUUUCUGCACCUGCUGCGCAAAGGAUUGCGGCCGGAUAUGGAACAUCUCCGGAAGCACAACAACAGAUAUAUGCAACUACGUCGCAUGGAGGACGGACGCUAAUUAUGUCUCAAGGAGAUACUUCACAGCUAGGCGAAGCGAGUCAAAUACAAAUGAUUCGACCGCAAAUCCAAACUGGUGGAAUAUCUAUGCGACAAGAUACACGAUCUAAAAUAAAUCAGCGUACACCGGGUCGUCUAUAUGUCACAACAGCUGCUGGCGAUAGAACUUAUUUGAUGCCCCAGUCACAGGUGCGAAUGAUGCCUGGUGGACAGCGAAUUACGCCAAAACGUACGGCAGGAACAAUACAUACGAAAACAAUUGGUGGACAGUCGCAGGUUGCUAUGAUGUUACCACGUGGGGGUCCCGUGCAACAGAUACGAACAGUACCACGCAACAUUGGUUAUCAGAGCUCUCGAGUUCCGUCAAUUGGAUUAGUUAUGAGUGGUUCGAGAAAUAGUGAAAAUGCCACUGGUUCUGCAACAAGCAAGCAGUUACCGUCUACUGGUGGAAUCUCACGGCAAUCUAUUUCGAAUACUUCAUCAAGUGCCAGACAGGUAACUGUCGCGGUGCAAGGUGUUGGCAGUUCGGCUUCCACUAUAUUACAAGACCAUCCGGUGAGCAUUCCAGCCCAGCAAACACAAUACCUACCGCCGAUAACUCUUUCAAGUCAAGCCAGUGUUCAGCAGCGCUAUGUAACAUCGCAACCACCAGGUGGGAGUGGAAGUAUAACUUCAGUUGGUAAUGCUAUAGCUGGAAUGCAACCAUCCAACACAGAUAUUUCAUAA